ACGCUGUCAACAUGUAAGAUGGCGGCUCAUCACAGGCAGAAUGCCGCUGGGCGGAGGAAAGUCCAGGUGUCCUACGUCAUACGAGACGAGGUGGAGAAGUACAAUCGGAAUGGGGUGAAUGCACUGCAGCUGGACCCUGCCCUGAACCGGCUCUUCACUGCGGGGAGGGACUCAAUCAUCAGAAUAUGGAGCAUCAACCAGCACAAGCAAGACCCGUACAUAGCAUCAAUGGAACAUCACACAGACUGGGUCAAUGACAUUGUCCUCUGUUGCAACGGAAAGACAUUGAUAUCUGCUUCGUCAGACACCACGGUGAAAGUCUGGAAUGCACACAAGGGAUUCUGCAUGUCCACGUUGCGAACGCACAAGGAUUAUGUCAAAGCCCUAGCCUAUGCUAAAGACAAGGAGCUGGUGGCCUCGGCUGGGCUGGACCGACAGAUCUUUCUGUGGGAUGUAAAUACGUUAACGGCACUGACUGCCUCCAACAACACUGUCACCACUUCUUCACUGAGCGGGAACAAGGAUUCCAUUUACAGCCUGGCCAUGAAUCAAAUGGGAACAGUAAUUGUGUCUGGGUCCACAGAGAAGGUGCUGAGAGUCUGGGACCCUCGGACCUGUGCAAAACUAAUGAAGCUGAAAGGACACACAGACAAUGUCAAAUCUUUAUUGUUAAACAGGGAUGGAACACAGUGUCUGUCGGGCAGCUCUGACGGGACGAUCCGGCUGUGGUCCCUGGGCCAGCAGAGGUGCAUUGCCACAUACCGGGUCCACGACGAGGGGGUAUGGGCUCUGCAGGUGAACGAGGCCUUCACGCACGUCUACUCCGGGGGCCGAGACCGUAAGAUCUACUGCACUGACCUGCGUAACCCCGACAUCCGUGUGCUCAUCUGUGAGGAGAAGGCGCCUGUUCUCAAGAUGGAGCUGGACAGAUCAGCUGACCCGCCCCCGGCCAUCUGGGUGUCCACCACCAAGUCCUGUGUAAACAAAUGGUCCCUGAAGGGAAUCCACAACUUCCGGGUGUCUGGCGAUUACGACAAUGACUGCAGCACCCCCGUCGCCCCGCUGUGCUCGCAGCCCGAACACAUUAUCAAAGGGGGAGCCAGUAUAAUUCAGUGCCACAUUCUGAAUGACAAGAGACACAUUCUUACCAAAGACACAAACAACAAUGUGGCAUACUGGGAUGUAUUAAAGGCAUGCCGAGGGGAAGACCUUGGGAAGGUAGAGUUUGACGAGGAAAUUAAAAAGCGCUUCAAGAUGGUUUAUGUGCCAAACUGGUUCUCUGUAGAUCUGAAAACUGGGAUGCUGACAAUCACUCUAGAUGAGAGCGACUGCUUUGCAGCCUGGGUCUCGGCCAAGGAUGCAGGUUUCACCAGUCCUGACGGAUCUGACCCGAAAUUGAAUCUGGGUGGGCUGCUUCUCCAGGCCCUGCUGGAAUAUUGGCCAAGGACACACAUCAAUCCCAUGGAUGAAGAGGAAAAUGAGGUCAACCACGUGAAUGGAGAGCAGGAGAGCAGGAUGCAGAAAGGAAAUGGGUACUUCCAGGUGCCUCCGCACACCCCAGUCAUUUUUGGCGAAGCCGGAGGGAGGACACUGUUCAGGUUGCUGUGCCGGGACUCGGGAGGGGAGACGGAGUCCAUGUUGCUGAAUGAGACAGUUCCUCAGUGGGUGAUCGACAUCACAGUGGAUAAAAACAUGCCUAAAUUUAACAAAAUCCCAUUCUACCUCCAGCCACACUCAUCUUCUGGUGCUAAAACACUAAAGAAGGACCGCCUGUCAGCCAGCGACAUGCUGCAGGUGAGGAAGGUGAUGGAGCACGUCUACGAGAAGAUCAUCAACCUGGACAACGAGUCGCAGACCACCAGCUCCUCCACCAACGAGAAGCCAGGCGAGCAGGAGAGGGAGGAGGACGCCACCCUGCUGGCUGAGGAGAAGAUCGAGCUGCUGUGCCAGGACCAGGUACUGGAUCCCAACAUGGACUUGCGGACUGUAAAGCAUUUUAUCUGGAAGAGCGGUGGGGACCUCACACUCCACUACAGGCAGAAGUCCACGUGAGCCCGGGCUGUGGGAGUCACCCGCCCGGCCUCCGAAAUCCACCGCACCGGUCCCCAAGAGUAGCACUAUAGAGGGCAAAAGCGAACUCUGCUGCACCCGCCUCGAGCCCCACCCUCUCCGGGGGAGUCGGGUAGCGCUGUAGCUGAUGGGGCGUUCCGCCCGAGGAGAACGCAGAGAUCGGGGUGUGCUGUGCUGUGAGCAGUGGAUUCAGUCGCACCCAACACCCAAGGACACUUCCACUUCAGUUUUUUUUUUUCCCAGGUUUUCUUCCUCGUGCCCCGCACUCCUUUGUAAUUUAAGAUUUUUACUGCUGUGGUUCUCAUUUCCUCAAGGGGGAUGUUCCCAUUUUGCGAAACGGCAUGUCGGUUGUUCAUAGGCAUGGAUAUUGACUUUGUGAGUUGAAUGGUGAGCUGCACGCAUUUUGAUUUUUUUUCCCCCAGUACAUUCCAGAAACAAGGCUGUAUCCACCAACACAUUACCACCAUUUUUGUCUUUCAGUGCUUGUGAAGAAUAAGGAGAAUGUGUACUUUCAGGAAACUAGCAGAAAAGUCUUUUUGAUCCAGCAUAAAACAUAGUGAUAUUUAAUCACAUGAACAAUGCUGCUCCCUUCACUAGCUGGCCAUUGAUCAGCUCUCUGGCUAAUGUUUUUGGCCUACCUAUAGCACCAUAAAUUCUUUAGAUUGUGAAUCUCA